GGACCGAUUAUUCGAAUGACGGCCAUGUUUUAGGACGCGUCUGCCAACCCAUCGCGGUUCACGAAUCGAGUUAACAUUUUCCAAUAUUUAUUUCGAAUUUGCAUUUAGUAAAGCAGGUGUCACAAUGCUGUAGAAUCGUCGUGCACCCGUCGACCUGGAAUUCCGCCGUGACGUAAUUGAUACCGCACACGCCACGCCGCCGCGGUACAGUCGAUACGAGCGCUUCUCGCCGCGAUGGACGUGCGCCCAGUGCAUCCACAGCCAACUUCAGAGGCGUGUCAUGUUUGCGCUCGGCGCGUUGCUUCGUGAUCCGGGAUCGUUGCGUUUUUCGUCGUCGGGAAUCUAUGAAAGAUGCUGUCGCUAGGCCCGAAAAAGGACGGCGGACCCAACGCCAAGUUCUUCGAGGCGCCGGAGAUUCUCACCCAGCUCGAUGGUGUUAAGCAGUGGCUUCUCAAGAACUGCAAGAAGUAUGUACAAACGGAUCCGCCCACUAAUAAGAUCUUAGCGACGUUGCUGGUACAAAUUCUGCAAUUUCAAGAGGAUAAUCUUGGGAAAAAUGUGUCAAAGCCACCUAUGACUAGGCUUCCAUUGAAAUGCUUCCUGGAUUUUAAGCCUGGCGGUGGUGUGUGUCACAUAUUAGCUACCGCUUACCGUUAUAAGCAGGAACAAGGAUGGCGGCGUUUCGAUUUUCCUGGUGGAAAAUCAGGGUCCCGUAUGGAUCGUACGGUGGACAUGCUGAUGGCGGUGGAACGUGCUUUAAUACAGAAUAGAUGUAUGACUGUACCAAGUAUUUUCGUGAGACCGGAUAUCGACAAGAAUACAGCUACGAAAAUAAAAGAUGUAAUUAGAAAGCAUCAGGGGACGGUCGUGGAGAAUGAGGCGGAUGCUACACAUAUUAUCUAUCCUCAAGUAGAUCCGUUGGAAGAGGAAUACGCACGACCCUGCAUGAGACGCGACCGAUCGGUUCUAAUUCAUUGGUACUACUUUCCAGACAGUUACGAUUCCUGGUUGUCAGUGGAUCUUCCAUGGGAUUAUCCCGAAGGGACUUACACAAACACGAAUUCAAGAUCAGUGUAUAAAGUAUCGACUACAUGGGCGUUAGACUUGGAUCAAUAUAAUGAGUGGAUGAACGAGGAAGACUAUGAAGUAGAUGACAACGGUCAGAAGAAAGUACACAAAUACAGGCUUUCGGUGGAGGAUUUAAUGGCACAGCCGUCUCAUCCGCCGCCCGCGAAGAAACCCAAGAGGAAACGAUCACCCAGCCCACCUCCGAAACUCGGCAAGCGUAAGAGUAGCAGAGCACCGUCAGGUAUCCAAAGCGCCUCUUCCGCGUCAUCGGCGACGGCCCCAAAGAAAUCUCGUGGCGGCGAGGAAGAGGAAGAUCUGACUCAGGGAAUGGAGGAUCCGCCCGCCGAACCUCGUAUUGUCGAGGUGGUUGCUACGCCCACGAAUCCACCGAUCACAGGCCAGGGUAAUGCAACAACGGGUAACUCCACGUUGACGUCUACCGGUAGUAAAAAGCAAGACAGUGAGCUUCAACCUCUCAAGUCUGGCAACUUGACCGAUCUUGAUGAACAAAUGGAAGGAGACAAAGGAAGCUCUCAAGGUGGCCAAGAUAGAGAAGAAAGAGACACUAGUAAAGAAAGAGGUGAAGGUGGUAAAGGCGAUGAACCGGAAGACAAUGUGACGGAGCAAACGCAUCACAUCGUUGUUCCUAGUUACUCCGCCUGGUUUGACUAUAAUUCAAUUCAUACCAUAGAGAAGCGGGCUUUGUCAGAAUUCUUCAAUGGUAAAAACAAAUCCAAGACUCCGGAAAUUUAUCUUGCUUACCGAAAUUUUAUGAUCGACACUUAUCGAUUAAAUCCAACGGAAUAUAUUACAUCGACCGCUUGCAGGCGAAAUUUAGCCGGGGAUGUAUGCGCAAUUAUGCGUGUACACGCGUUUUUAGAGCAGUGGGGACUCAUUAACUAUCAAGUAGACGCAGAAUCUAGACCAACACCAAUGGGACCUCCACCGACAUCGCAUUUCCAUGUUUUAUCGGACACGCCGUCUGGUUUGGCACCAGUCAAUCCAAAUCCGCCGAAAACGCCGCAGCCAUCCGCUGCAAAGAUGUUGCUCGAUUUAGAGAAGAAACCACCGAGCGUGACGGGUUCUUUGGGCGCCGAGGAGAAAGCUUCGGCGGGCGCGAUGGCAAACUUCGGUCUGAAAAUCGAUCAAUAUUCGAGAAAACCGGCAGUCCUGAAGAACAAACAAGCGGCGGGUGCCACGCGCGAUUGGACAGAACAGGAGACACUUCUACUAUUGGAAGGAUUGGAAUUGCACAAGGACGAUUGGAACAAAGUGUGCGAACACGUGGGCUCGAGGACGCAAGACGAGUGUAUCUUGCACUUCUUGCGUUUACCUAUAGAGGAUCCAUAUCUGGAAGAAGGCGGACCCGAAGGAUUGGGUCCGUUGGCUUACCAACCGGUACCGUUCUCAAAAGCCGGUAAUCCUGUUAUGAGUACGGUCGCCUUCCUUGCAUCGGUCGUGGAUCCUAGGGUAGCCGCGAGCGCGGCAAAGGCAGCUAUGGAAGAGUUCGCCGCGAUAAAGGAUCAAGUACCAUCUGCCUUAAUGGAUCAGCAUAUAAGAAACGUUCAAGCUAGUGCUAAUUCCGACGGUAAAUUUGAUCCAGCGGCGGGAUUGGCACAAUCAGGCAUCGCCGGUACAGGACCACCUGAACCGCCCGACGACACGUCGGCUUCUACCUCAACAACGACCCCAUCCGGGCCAACAGGUGCGGCUAGCUCUCCUCAUUCCACAGCGCCGACUCCCGAAGCGAAGAAAGAGGAACAAGACAAACCUAAAGACGCUAUGGAAGUCGAACCAUCUCAGGUAGAUGUCACGAAGAAAGAGGACGAGUCGAAAGAGAACGAAGAGGACGCAAAGUCUAUCACUGAUCCAGAGGCUGCUGAAGCGAAGGAGAAGAAGGAUAAAGUUGUAAGGGAUGCUCAGCUUCAAUCCGCGGCGGCGGCAGCGCUAGCGGCCGCAGCUGUUAAAGCUAAACACUUAGCAGCUGUGGAGGAACGUAAGAUCAAGUCAUUGGUCGCGCUACUAGUCGAGACACAGAUGAAAAAGCUGGAAAUCAAGCUACGUCACUUCGAGGAAUUGGAAACCACGAUGGAGCGCGAACGCGAGGGUCUUGAAUAUCAGCGGCAGCAGCUCAUCACCGAGCGGCAGCAGUUCCAUCUCGAGCAAUUGAAGGCGGCCGAAUUCAGAGCACGACAGCAGGCCCAUCAACGAUUGGCUCAGGAACAACAGCAACAACAGCAGCAGCAGCAGCAACAGAAUCAACAACAUCCACCUUGGCAACCACCCGGUGCGCAGCAGCAGCAGCAACAACCGCCAAGUCCGCAGGCUCAGCCGCAGCAACAGCCGCCACCGCACACGCCGCCGCAGCAGACAUAACUCUUUCGUGAGUUUGAAUCUUUAAAUAAUGGAUCUUUCGGCGGCUGUUCCGGAUUUAGGACGCGCAAGGAGGACAUCAGAUGAGAAUGAUAGUGCUGAAGAAGCUGUGUCAUGUAA